AACAAUUUUUUAGUAUUGAAGAGGACAAUGUCGGCAUUUCAUAGAAUAGCAGUUGUUGGGAUGUCCCGGUCAAAAUAUAGACCAAGAACGAAAAGAAAAGUCCAUAAAAACAAACAAGAAACCAAAGGCGGCUACAACUCUGCCUGCCAUUGCCAUUUGCUCCCCUAUGGUCAAAUAAAUCAUCACUUUCCUUUCUCUUUCCAAUUCUACUCCUCUCCCCUGCUUUUGCUUAUAUCAUCAUUACCCUCCUCCUUUUUUCUGAAACUGCGCUCGCCGAGUUUCCCCCUUUUCUCUCCAUACCAAAAGCAGCUAAUUAUAAAUUUUGCUAAAAAUGGAGAUGGAAGUGAUGAUAGCUUCACCUACACUGGACUUCAACUUCGAUAGUGCUUGUACUACUCCCUAUAUAAGUGCUUCUUCAAGCCCUCAACGGUUUGGCAAUUAUUUUCUCAGCGCCCCUACUAGCCCUGCCCGUGUCUCCGCCCUCUACGACGGAUUCAAUCACCUCCACGGUGGCGAUGCCCUAAGAACAACCAGUGGUGAAGUUCCAUUCAAUUGGGAGGAAAAGCCUGGAAUUCCAAAAUCAAGAGCAACCCGUGAUGAGGAUGAUGAUUUUGCUUUUGAUUUUAGUGGUCAGUUGGAGAGAAGUUCUGUAUCAGCUGCUGAUGAGCUUUUUGAUGGUGGAAAAAUCAAGCCAUUGAAAUUGAAGCCACCACCAAGGUUACAGUAUGAAGGCAAACCAUUUGAUUCGCCGAAAUCUCCAAAGAAAAAGUUCAAGCAAGCUUUAUCUCCCCGAUACAAGAAGAAAGAAUUAGAUCCAUUUGCAGCAGCCUUAGAGCAGAGUAGUCGAACAGAAAAUGAUCGCCCUGGUAGAGAAAGAACUCAGCACUCUACAACUUCUUCAAGGCACAAAAAGACAAGAUCUUUAUCUCCUUUCAGAGCUUCCGAUCUACUGUUUGAUAGUGAAAGCAAGCAAGAAAAUACAAGCAUAUCUUCUUCUUCAUUUUCAUCGAUGAUAACACUAUGGUACAGAAAAUGGAAGCUGAAAGACUUGUUUCUAUUCAGAAGCGCGUCAGAGGGUAGAGCAAGUAACAAGGAUCAGUUAAACAAGUUUUUGAAGAAAACUCGCAGUAAAGAGGAUGUGGAGACUUCAAGCUUUAGAUCAACUGGUAGUAGUGUUGGAUCGUCAUCGGUAUCGAGCUCCUUGAGGAGGAGGGAGGUUUCGGCUCAUGAGUUGCAUUACACGUUGAAUAGGGCAUUCUCGGAGGAGAUGAAGAGGAAGACUUUCUUGCCAUACAAGAAUGGCGUACUGGCUUGCUUAGGCUUCAUCCCUGAUACAAGUGUUGCUUCUUCUGUGUCCAUGACUCGUCGUUAAUGAGUCUCUAUCUCUAAGAAACGAAAAAACAUUAAAUAGUAAAGUUACUAUGGAUUUGUGUACGUGUAUUUGGCAAGACUCUUAUAUAUUGUGCAUAAGACAUUCACCCCAAAUCUCCUAUGCACAAAAUUAUUUCUACAAUAUUACUGUUGAUAAUUAUUGGUAAUGUGUCAGAAGAUUUUUUACAUGUGGCAUUGUGUAACAAAUGUCUCUACUAAGCCAAGUGGCUAUGAAUAUCCACCACGUGACACUUUGCAUGAA